AUGAAAUCUCUUGAAGAGGCUGAACUCUGCUUUCCACAGCUCCUCAACUCCUCCUGCAGGAAGACAGUGAAUCCUCAGUCUGUAACCAUUCUGUCUUACACUAUACUGUCGUCGAUCUCUCUGCUCACUGUGACUCUCAACAUGCUGGUCAUCAUCUCCAUCUCCCACUUCAAGCAGCUCCACACCCCCACCAACCUCCUCCUCCUCUCUCUGGCUGUCUCAGAUUUCUUUGUGGGCCUCCUCAUGUUCUUUCAAAUUGUGCUCAUAGGUGGCUGCUGGUUCCUCGGAGACCUUGUGUGUAUUUUCUAUUAUGUUCUAGACUACAUUAUUACUUCUGCCUCAAUAGGAACCAUGGUUCUCAUAUCAGUUGACCGCUACGUGGCUAUCUGUGAACCUCUGUAUUACCCCACCAAAGUCAGUCCAAAAAGAGUUCAGAUCUGUGUUUGUGUGUGUUGGAUGUGUGCUGCUCUCUGCCACAGUCUGCUGCUGAAGGAUAACCUGGAACAACCGGGCAGGUAUAACUCCUGCUAUGGAGAGUGCGUGGUGGUUAUUGAUUAUUUUGCUGGACUUGCUGAUCUGUUUUUGUCCUUUAUUGGUCCUGUCACCGUCAUCAUAGUUCUGUAUCUGAGAGUCUUUGUGGUGGCUGUGUCUCAGGCUCGUGCCAUGCGCUCCCACACCGUAGCUGUCUCACUCCAGUGUUCAGUGAAGGUGACUGCUAAGAAAUCUGAAAUGAAAGCAGCCAGGACUCUCGGUGUUGUUAUAGUUGUGUUUCUAAUAUGUCUCUGCCCAUAUUUCUGUGUUGCACUUACAGGCCAGGACACUUUGCUCAAUGCUUCAUCUGCUGCCUUUGUCAUAUGUUUGUUCUAUUUUAACUCCUGUCUAAACCCCAUGAUCUAUGCCUUUUUCUAUCCCUGGUUUAGAAAAUCUAUUAAACUCAUUGUUACACUUCAGAUACUGAAGCCUGGCUCCUCUGAAGCCAGCAUAGCAUAG